GUUGUCAAUACACAAAAAAAAGCGAAGUGGAGAUUGAAGUGUAGGCUAUUUACUAAGUAUCGAGGUUUACAAGUCGUUUUUUAGCUGAAUUUAAUUUUGCAAAAUGAGUGUCGAAGAAGAAGUUUUCAAAAUACAAAAGAAGAUGGGCAAAAUCACAACCGAUGACGGCACCGGACAGGAGCAGGCACUGGAUUUAUUGAAAGCGUUGCAGUCUUUAAACAUAAAUCUGGAAAUCUUAACAAAGACACGCAUUGGCAUGACUGUCAAUGAAUUGCGGAAGAGUAGCAAGGAUGAAGAGGUCAUAGCUCUAGCCAAAACACUUAUCAAAAGUUGGAAGCGUUUCUUAGCUCCACCCGCUUCCGGUGGAAAGGAAUCUAGCAAAUCGAGUAAAUCGUCGAACUCAUCUAGUAAAGACAAGGACAAAUCUUCGUCUUCGUCAUCAUCCUCAUCCAAAGAUAAAAAAGAUGAAAAGAAAUCAUCCUCCUCAUCGUCGUCGUCCAGCAAGGAUGACCGUAAAUCCUCACAGACCUCUUUCCCGGCAUCUUCGGGCUUACAUGACGCUGUACGUCUAAAGUGCCGUGAAAUGCUCUGCAACGCCCUUAAAGUGGGUGAACCUAUCGAAGGUUGUCCCGAACCCGAAGAAAUGGCCGCCGAAUUGGAAGAAGCCAUUUACUCCGAGUUCAAAAACACCGACAUGAAGUACAAAAAUCGCAUACGCUCACGUGUAGCCAACUUGAAAGAUCCCAAAAACCCUACGCUGCGUGGCAAUUACAUGUGCGGUGCUAUUACCGCACAGAAAUUGGCCAAAAUGACGCCGGAAGAAAUGGCAAGCGACGAAAUGAAGAAACUGCGCGAGAAGUUCGUGAAAGAGGCAAUUAACGACGCUCAAUUGGCUACAGUCCAGGGCACCAAAACAGAUCUGCUCAAAUGUGGUAAAUGUAAGAAACGUGAUUGCACCUACAAUCAGCUGCAGACACGUUCUUCUGAUGAACCUAUGACUACGUUCGUAAUGUGCAACGCUUGCGGCAAUCGCUGGAAGUUCUGCUGAAACUACCAAACUGCCUUCACCGCCAGGAUUGGGGACAAUUUAACCACAACAAACGACCGUACCAUUAAUUUCCUCUUAAUAUGUUUU